AUGCAUCAUCAAGAAGGAAAACAACAAGAUGCACCACCCGUUUAUACGAUAAGUCAAACAUCGUCCACUCAUGAUGACAGUUGGAAAAGUCAAUUUCCAGUUUAUCCUGUACUCAUUGUGGCUAUUAUUCAAUUAAUAUUUACAAUUUUAAUAUUUUUCUUAGAAAUUGGCAGUCUUUCCGCAUCGUCCAAUUCAAUAUUCAAACCAACUGGAUGUGGAAUAUGGUGUUCAGCAAUUUUUUUAUUAGCCAUUAUAAUGACGUUUAUUAUGGUAUUACGAAAAGAUCGAUCACGUCAAUGGUCAACUUAUGUCUUAUUUGCUCAAAUUCUUCUCAUUGUAUUUUGUUUGAUUAUAAUCGGUAUAGAUGGUAAUUUCGUUCAAACAUGGAAUGGUUUAUACAAUUUGUCUGGUUUUGUAAAUAAAUAUCGAAUUAUUCAAGCACAAUUAGCAUUUGCCAUUCUAAUGAUAAAACAAAAACCAGUUGAAAUGAAUAAAGUUAUAUCACAGUUUUACGUAAUUGGAAUAUUAACGCGUUAG